AUGGCUCCACCAGUUCACUUUUUCUCCCAUGGCUCGACGAUGAUGUUGGGCGAAGAGACCAAAUCGGCCGACUACUGGAAAGCCUGUGGUGAUGAAGCCCUCUCUCACGGCAUCAAAGGUGUGAUAAUGAUGGGCGCGCAUUGGGACGCGCGUGGCGUAAACCGUAUCGAUGUGUCAAUGAACCCGGCACCCAUAAAAUCACCCGUCGCGUACGUUCACCCGCGCAAAUACAAAGACUACGAGCUCGUCCCAGAUCUCGAGAGCGGAAAGAAGUGCAUAGCAGCGCUGCGAGAAAAGGGCAUUGACGCACGACCAAACGACACAUUUGACUGGAUCCACGACACAUACUUGAUUUUGAUUAGGAUGUUUCCCGAGAAAUGCCCACCAACGACUAUCAUCAGUAUGAAUUCGCGAUUCGAUCCGCAUCUGCACGCCCGGGUGGGUAACAUCUUGGCCAAAUUCCGUGACGAGGGCUAUCUCAUCAUUGGUACGGGUGGCGCGGUUCACAACCUUUAUCGCAACCACUGGGCGCAGAUGCUCAGGUACUCGGACAACUUGGCACAACCAUACCCACCAGAGGCACCGAUGCUGGAGUUCCGCCAGAGCGUCGAGGAUGUCUUUAUCCGCUGCUGCAGGAAGGGUGCGAAAAAAGGUAGCUUGACACGUGGUAUCACGAGGUUGAUGAAGCAUCCCAUGUUCCGCGAUGCGCAUGCGACAGAUGAUCACUACAUGGCGGCAUGUUUUGUGGCUGGAGUUGUUGAUGGAAGUAAGAGGGAUAGCGACGAGUGUGUGCUCGGAGCUGAGGAUUGGGAGUUGGUGAACAUGUGCAACAGCCAGUUUACUGUUGGUAGAUGGGAAUAG